AAAAUAACGAUAAUGGAAGAUAAAAAUAUGAGCGAGGCACUUGCGAUAAAAGAUCCGACCAAAAUAACAAAAUUCAACGAACCGUCCGACGUCGGACCGUUAAAAUUGAAGGUGUACAAAACGAGAUGGCUAAUGCUAAUUCUCUACAUGAUUUUUGGUGGGGCAAAUUCUUCUCAAUGGAUUGAAUACUCGAUUAUAACCAAUAUAGUUACUAGGUAUUAUGAUGUGUCUUCGUUAAUGGUUGAUUGGACCUCGAUGAUAUUCAUGGCGAUUUAUGUGGUGUUUUUAUUCCCAGCGUCGUACGUGACAGACAAGUGCGGUCUGCGAUGGACCAUUAUUAUAGGUACCGCGUUAAACUGUCUGGGUGGCUGGAUAAAAACCUUUUCCGUUCAUCCCGACAGGUUUUACGUCGCUUUUAUCGGUCACUCGGUAGUCGCGCUAGCACAGCCUCUGAACCUGCCGUUACCUGGACGCUUGGCCGCGCAAUGGUUUCCCGCUACCGAACAUUCAACCGCCACGUCUUUGGGUAUUUUAGGCAAUCAAUUGGGAGCAUCGUUGGGUUUUCUCUUAGUGCCUAUAAUGGUAAAAAAUCACGAUAGUCUGGAUGAUGUCGGCAAAGAUUUGAAACAGUUAUGUUGGAUCGUUACAAUCAUCGGCACAAUUAUAUUCGGUCUAGUGCUUAUAUUAUUUCAGAACGAACCGAAACUGCCGCCGAGCGAGACGCGGGCGUUGCAAAAAUUUAAUCGGGCAGAGAAAAAAGAGGAAAUUAUAGCGCCGAUCAAAAGGCUCUGCAAAAACAGAAAUUACAUGAUGCUCUGUAAUUGCUACGGUUUAAAUGUCGGCGUACUGAACGCCGUAUCUACAUUACUCAAUCAAAUAUUUCUCGCACACUUCAAGAAUGGAGAAGAAGACGCAGGCAGAAUUGGCUUAGCUAUAAUUCUGACUGGUAUGGCUGGCUCCGUUAGUUUCGGUAUCAUCCUUGAUAAAACGCACAAAUUCAAAGAAACUGCCGUGACUGUAUAUUUUCUUUCAUUUGUUGGUCAAAUAUUAUUCGCGGUGUUUACUUGCCUGGGCAUAAAGUGGAUGGUAUACUUGUCGGCAAUUUUCUUAGGGUUUUUCAUGUCGGGAUAUCUGGCAUUGGGAUACGAACUAAGCACUGAAUUUACGUAUCCGGAAUCAGAGAAUAUACCUGCCGGAUUUCUUAAUAUAACGUCCUCCAUAUACGGCAUCAUUCUUAUUACAAUAUUUGAAUUAAUACUACAUUCUUACGGCGAUAUUCCGGUGCACAUCGGUUUAUGCUUGACUUUGCUACUCGGUUCUAUCUUGACUGCAGUAACGAAAGACGAGCAAAGACGACAAGACGCGAGAAAAAAGGCUCAGUACGAAGGGGUCGUAAAAAUGGAGAAAAACGUCGAUGGUGUUCCAGAAACUAAUCAACUAACUUAUAGCGUUAAUUAAUAGAUACAUAUGAUGUAUCAAAUCUUUCAAUAAUGAUAAAUUUUCUAACAGAUA